GGCCAGGCCUGGGGCCUCCUCUAGACGGGUAGCGGCGUAGAGCGCUCUGGCUUCUCCUUCGGAUUCGGGCUCGUGCCGCUUCCGGGUGAUGGGGGAGUCGGGAAGGCCGGCUGUGGCUGGGCCCCAGAUGGAUGAGAUAAGGAAACUGGGAUCCAAAGAAGUUAAGCAACCUGGACAAGGACACACAAGUAUUAAGCGGCAGAAUCAGAUCUUUUGAUUCUAGCACCAGGAGAAGUCGAAUGAGAAUUAUCAUCAGAUACCAGUGGAAAUGGGCUGAAGCCAAUAGAAGAACCACUCCUCAGAAAGAGUUCUCGCCGAUUUGUCAUUUUUCCAAUUCAGUAUCCUGACAUCUGGAAGAUGUAUAAACAGGCCCAGGCAUCCUUCUGGACUGCUGAAGAGGUUGAUUUAUCAAAAGAUCUUCCUCAUUGGAACAAACUGAAAUCAGAUGAGAAGUAUUUCAUCUCUCACAUCUUGGCUUUUUUUGCAGCCAGUGAUGGAAUAGUCAAUGAAAAUUUGGUGGAACGCUUUAGUCAGGAGGUACAAGUCCCAGAGGCACGCUGUUUCUAUGGCUUUCAAAUUCUCAUUGAGAACAUUCAUUCAGAGAUGUACAGUUUGCUAAUAGACACCUAUAUCAAAGACCCCCAAAAAAGGGAGUUCUUAUUCAAUGCAGUUGAAACAAUGCCAUGUGUUAAGAGGAAAGCAGAUUGGGCCUUGCGAUGGAUAGCAGACAGAAAAUCCACAUUUGGAGAAAGAGUGGUUGCUUUUGCUGCUGUGGAAGGGAUUUUCUUCUCAGGCUCUUUUGCUGCUAUAUUCUGGCUUAAGAAGAGAGGUCUUAUGCCCGGACUCACUUUCUCCAAUGAACUCAUCAGCAGAGAUGAGGGUCUUCAUUGUGACUUUGCUUGUUUGAUGUUUCAUUACUUAGUGAAUAAGCCUUCAGAAGAAAGGGUCAAGGAGAUCAUUAUCAAUGCUGUUGAAAUAGAACAGGAGUUUUUAACUGACGCCUUACCAGUUGGCCUAAUAGGCAUUAAUUGCACUUUGAUGAAACAGUACAUUGAGUUUGUAGCAGACAGAUUGCUUGUGGAGCUUGGAUUCUCAAAGGUUUUUCAGUCAGAUAAUCCCUUUGAUUUCAUGGAAAAUAUUUCUCUGGAAGGGAAAACAAAUUUUUUUGAAAAAAGGGUCUCAGAAUAUCAGCGAUUUGCAGUUAUGACAGAAACAACAGACAAUGUCUUCACCUUGGAUGCAGAUUUUUAAUCCAGUUUCCUAGAUGCUCGUCCUGUUGGUGGUAGCAACAAAGUGAACUAACCAAGAUCCAACCAGCAGCAGGACAGAGGGUAUAUCAUCUUUUGUUUCUUCUCCUGCAUAUUUUUUUUAAAGUGUCUGGAAAAGCAGGUUGCAUUGUUAGUUUCCUAGGUUACAACCUUCAGAAUUUGUUUUCAGACAAAUUCUUGAUCUCUUGGUUUCUCAAUGGUUAUCUGUUAAGCUUAUUUGUACUAGAUUGGGAAAUUUAUUUAGCUAUUAUAGAAGGUACAGUUCAUUGACUGCCUUAUUAAAAUGUUGAAAACAGUAAUUUUAUCAAAUGAAGAAAAACUUUCUAUAUCACAGGUUGUUUUUUUUUUUCCUGUUCAACUUAUAGAGGGGUUGUUCUUUGUAUUUAUGGGACAGUUGUAUCAUUUUAUAUAUCAAGUCUGUUGAGGUCUGACUUUGUUUUGUCUUGUUCCACCAUUAAACUUAAUCAAUAUAUACUUUUAGAGUAAUAUCUGUACUUUCUUCUGCAAAACUUUCAAGGGCAUAUAUCUCUAGAAUGAGAUUUAAUUUUAACCAGAAAUAGCUUGCAUGACUUCAAAAUGAAUGAAGGGAAUGUUCUAAGUCCUUUGUAUUGAAUUCAGAUCCUUCUAUUAUAUUGGUAAAUGCCUUAAUGUCAACCAUAUUCAUUUAUAGCAGCAAUAAACUAAGUAAGGGAGCAGGGAAAUCUCACAAUGAUUUUUAAUAUAUUGUCUUACAAUAAGAAGCAUUCUAUACUCCCUCUUCAGUACUCCACUUUGCAUAUAUAUUUUUAUUAUGUUCCUGACAUUUCAUUCCCAGUUCUUAAGGAACUUAAGUUCUACAACUUUCUAAGUUUAAAAAAACCCAAUUUAUUUGUAAUUUACAACUUACUUUAUUAUAGGCUGAAUAUUUAAAUUACGGUUACAGUUAAAACUCAUUUUUUAUUUGGUCCUAUAAAAUCUAGAAUUAUGUGACUGGGAGUUCUGCUUCCAGGAAAGUAGGAUUUUAUGUUUAAAAGAUAUAAAGAAUUGAAAAUAACUAUUCCUGCAAUGUAGGAACCAAUCCAAUUAUGACCUAAUAUUAUGAGGUUUUGCUAUUCUCAUUUAAUAAUGUCUAAUUCUUGAUUGUUUUGCCACCCUUCCACCUUUAUUAGGAGAAAAAUGAUUGCUAAGAAAACAGCAGUUUGCACACUGAAAAAAAACAGUACUAAUCAGAAUUUAGUGUUUUUGUAGUAUGAUAAUAUUACUGUCAUGACAUUUUGAAAUUUCAGUUGUAUAGUUUCAGGACAUAAAUGUCAAUCACAGACUUUUUUUAAUGGGGAUAACUCAGAAAACGGCUAAUGGGAUGUACAAUUUGCUACCACAUGGUCAUCAGUUUUCAUGCAAGUCAAUGAUCAGUACAGCUGCUAUGUCAUAGGUAUUUUAACUAAGGAGAGUAAAUCGGUGCUUGACUCAGGAAUUCACACCAAAGCUGGCUGUCUUUCUUAGAGAGUCAUCCAGGGCCAACUGAUGAGUGACUCCCAAACAGGAACUUGUAUAUCUUGUUCUUCCAACCCUUUAAAAUGAUGAUCUCUUAAUUAGGGGUUUGUAGAUUGCCUGUAGAUAUGAAGGAAGAAUGUGGGAUCACUGAAGUCCUUCUUGUAUUUGCUCUAGGAAGAGAGCUUUAGUCCCAUUGGUCCUUUUUAAAGAAAAAUAUAGAUUCAAAUGCUGUGAAAUGUUGUUAGAUUUUCUUAAAUAAAUAAAACUAUAGCAAUUCUAGGACUUUUAUUUAAAUUGAUGAUGUUAAUUUAUGCUUUUGACUUUACUAUUUCAUACAAAGCUCUCUUUUACUAAUACCUGAGUUGUCCAGUCAUUUUGCAGUAUUUAGAGGGUACUCCCUGUGUGUAGAGAAUACUCUAUUAGGCAUUGUGUACCUAAACCUCAUGUUUUAUUUUGUUUUUAUAUAAAAUAUUUUGUACUUGAUCAGUCUAAAUAUUUAUGUCCAUAAUUAAAGUUUUCCAAAGAAUA